AUGACGGCCACAACUUCAGUUCGUUUGCAUAACGAUAUUUCAAAGAAUUCAAUAAAUUCUAUAAAGUUAAGGAAACUUUCAAAUCCUCAACCUUUAUCUACCUUAUCUAAUCGUAAAUCACAGGAUGCAUUAAAAAAAUUAGUUGAUGAAUUAAUAAUCCUUUUCGUUGAAUCACAACAACUUGGAACAGAUGAUAAUAGAAUUACGCAGCUAAUUUUAGAUUGUAUUGAAAGUAGAAAUCAAGAUGCAAAUGAAGUCUUAAAAUGGUUGAUCAGUAAUCAACAUAGUUUAUCAUAUAAAACGCUUUUGGGUUAUUUUUAUUUUCAUGAUAUUGGUACGGAAAUAGAAACCCGAAAGGCUUAUAUUUCAUACCUUGCUGCGGCAAAAAGGGAUUAUCCUAUCGCACAAUAUUUACUUGGUGAAUGUUAUUCAUCAGGUAUGGGUACAAAAACUGAUGAAAAAUUGGCUUUUCAAUGGUACCAAAAAGCAGCAGAAGGUGGAUGUUCCAAUGGAUUAAAUUGGCUCGGUUAUUGUUAUGAAUUUGGAAAAGGUACAGAAAAAGAUAUUCACAAAGCAUUUACUUAUUAUAAAAAAUCAACGAGACAAGGAAAUAAACUUGGAAUGCAUUUUCUUGCCGAUUGUUAUGAGAAAGGCAAAGGAACACAGAAGAACAUUGAUCAAGCAAUAUAUUGGUAUAGGAAAUCAGCAGAAAGUGGACACGAAGGUUCUUUAACUGUACUGAAUAAACUUUUAAAAGCCACAAAUUCACCUCCGCUACAGUUGGAAAAUUAA